AUGGGGCACAUUCUUGACUUUGUCUGGAGCCUCUAUUCUUCCCUCUUUUUCUCCCUCCUCAAUGUGGUCUCCAUCAGCACAGCACCAGAGCUGAGGAAAUGGAUGGUGAGGCUAUUUUUAGAAGCAGGGAAGGAGGGCAGAGCAAAAGUAAGCUAUGGAGAGAGGGAGGGAGGGAUGAUGAGGAUAUCAAUCUGUAUUCGCCCGCUGCUGCUGCUGCUGCUGCUGCUACUGCUGCUGCUGCUGGCCAGAGACACUCGGAGACACAAGAAAGAGAAGAACCUCCACACUUAUAAACAAGACAUCCGUGGAGCAGAGAUGCGUCCACGCUCCAGGCAUCCCUCCAAGCGGCCCCUCCUGCUGCCCACCAUCAAGGAGGGCUCAGAGGAGAUGGUGCGGGAGAUGAACGAAGCCAACGCCUGCACCCACAGCCAGAGCUCCUCCGAGGACUACUUCCUGUCCAUCUGCCACCUGGCCCACCCCACAUUCCCAACAAGAGACACACCACCCCAUAGCAACCACUCACGAGACGGGAGGAUGGGUUGCUAUGAACACUCAGACCCACUGGAGCAUCUCUACGGGCAUCCCAACUGCGGCCUCAGCUCGGAGAGACGGCACAAGCGGUCCCACGAGAGGACGCGGGCGCACAGUAUUCCCAACACUUCCACUCUGGAUAUGAGCAGUCAGCGCAAAAGCAGUUGCCCCGAGUUACACAGUGCAUCUCAAAAUGAAUGUUUACCACAGAUGGACACGACAGCAGUGAUGGAGGAGGAGAGACAAGAUCCAAGAUGCAUCAAACCCUCGCUCAUCUCCCAGUGGAUCUCGGACUGUCGCUUGGCCUGGAGAGAAGCACGGGCACGAGCCUGCAUGCUGCCCGCCAUCGUUGAGAUUUAG